UUUGCUAAUUUUCUCACUAAUAAUAUGAAUUUUGACAUUCUCAGCGUAUAUUUACUCCAACGGUAAACCUUAUUUAUUAAUAACACUGUAAUUGUUUUAAUUUAUCACUAGCAUCGCCAAAUACUAAAUACACAUUUGACGAAUGAUAUCUCUAAGUCAAAACGUGUACUUUAAUAACAGGAUGUUUUAAGUUGAUGUCAAAUGUUUUAAAAUUAUACUUCAGCCUUUCACUAAAAGAUAUUUAUUUGAUAGAUUUGCAAUGGGUAUGGGAGGAGCCAUGGAUAGCUGCGGUCGGUGCAUGAAAUUUUCCUUAAUAUGUAUCAACGUAAUUACACUGGUGGGCGGGGCCCUAGCGCUGGGCGUUGGGCUAUGGGUGUGGUCCUCACGCUCGUUCACGAGCACACUGAUGAGCAACAACAUGUUUAUAGCAUCGGUGGGUGUGAUAGUAGCUAUGGGAGCAGCCAUGAUGCUACUGUCGUUUCUUGGUUGCUGUGGCGCCGCCAAGGAGAUUAAAUGCAUGCUACUCACGUACUACAUAUUGGUGUUCAUAAUUUUCGUGGUGAUGCUGGUGGGCGGAAUCCUGCAGUUCGUGUUUCGAGAGAAGGUGCUUACAACUCUGGAUAGAGAGAUGUACGCAUCCAUCCCGUAUUAUGGAGUAAAGCACGAGUACACACGGGCGUGGGACGAAACACAGUCGUACCUGAUGUGCUGCGGCGUCAAGGGUUACAGAGACUGGAACGGGAACAUACCAACCAGCUGUUGCCGGGAGAUUUACCCCGGACAGCGUCAAGAAUGCCAGUCGACACCCAACCCGUCGAAUAUGUACGUGGACGGGUGUCUGAACAAAGCAAUAGAAUUCCUAAGGGAAGACGCCGUAUAUGUGGGAGCUGCUGCCAUAGUCGUGGCUGUGAUUAUGUUAUUGGCUCUCAUACUAUCCUGUGGGUUGUUCGUGAAAAUAGAAUGAUGACGACAGUUCAAGAAGAUAAUUCACGUGACGUAAUAUAUUGACACUGAUAGUUUUGAUUAUGAAUGUUUGUUAUUGAUAGUCGCUUCGUAACAUAUCUGUGCAUUCCAAUUUUUCUAAUUUAUUUAGUAAAGUGAUUAAAAAUUGAAUGUUGACUUUUUUACUAUGAUUCCUCCAUGUUAAAUAA